AUGAACGGACAGAAGAUGGAGGCAGGACACAAGGAUGCACGUAGGGUGGGCUGGGCCAGGGUGGGCUGCCCUGACGGCCGUGGGCAGGACUUCCUGUCGGACAUGGCCAUGACGGAGGUGGACCGCUUCAUGGACCGGGAGCACCUGAUCUUCCGGGAAAACACCCUCGCCACGAAAGCCAUAGAGGAGUACCUGAAACUCAUCGGCCAGAAAUACCUCAAGGAUGCCAUCGGUGAGUUCAUCCGGGCGCUGUACGAGUCAGAGGAGAACUGCGAGGUGGACCCCAUGAAGUGCUCGGCCUCCACCUUGGCCGACCACCAGGCCAACCUCCGCAUGUGCUGCGAGCUGGCCCUCUGUGUGUCCCCACCACCACGCAGCGUGUUCCCGCGGGAGCUGAAGGAGGUGUUCGCCUCGUGGCGGCUGCGCUGCGCCGAGCGGGGCCGCGAGGACAUCGCCGAUCGCUUGAUCAGCGCCUCGCUCUUCCUGCGGUUCCUCUGCCCCGCCGUGAUGUCCCCCAGCCUCUUCGGCCUCAUGCAGGAGUACCCCGACGAGCAGACCGCCCGCACCCUCACCCUCAUCGCCAAGGUCAUCCAGAACCUGGCCAACUUCACCAAGUUUGGCAGCAAGGAGGAGUACAUGGCCUUCAUGAACGAGUUCCUGGAGCUGGAGUGGACCAGCAUGCAGCAGUUCCUCUACGAGAUCUCCAACCUGGACACCCUCACCAAUAGCACCAGCUUCGAGGGCUACAUCGACCUGGGCCGCGAGCUCUCCACCCUGCACGCCCUCCUCUGGGAGGUCAUGUCCCAGCUCAGCAAGGAGGCCCUGCUGAAGCUGGGCCCGCUGCCCCGGCUGCUGACGGACAUCAGCGUGGUCGGCGGGCCCCGCCCCACCCCCCACCGGCAGCGGCAGCCGAGCCAGGGGGAGCGGCUGCCCCCCAAGGGCUUGGUGCUGCGGGGGCCCUCGGCCGACCUCCAGCCCUACCUCGUCCGCGACCUCAACAGCUCCGUUGACCUCCAGUCCUACAUGGUGCGGGGCCUCAAUAG